AGCCAAUAGCGCAAUUAUCACAGUCGUAAAAUGAUAACUGCGAUGUUUCAUAUUUCUUUUGGCAAAAAUAUAUUGCAUUUUGUCAUUCGAUCAGUUCAUUCAGUCUCAUCGGUGUAUUCAUCCAUUGACUUUGGUGUUGGUCGAGGCUGCUAGACUGUCAUUACGAUUUUCAUCGAAGCUCAGUUAAGUGAUAGGUUUAUAUGUCAAAUUGAUUGACUUUACUUGUGCACUACGGAUCGAAUUUGACGCAGCGUUUGGAACAUUACGCCCGACAAAGCAAUUACUAAUUUCAAUCAUUUUCUGCUUGUGAUUUUAAACGGCUAGAUCAUCAUAAUGGCCUCUGUGAUCCCAUUCAUCAUCGAGUUCGUUGUGAUUUUGGUCAUAAUGAGAACAGUUGAUGCCAAUGAGGAUCCAAGCAACUGUGGUGUGGAUGGAGAGAAUGCAACGGAUGUCUUCCAAGAGUACCCGAGAGGUAUCAUUUGCCCCUCCACCAAACAACCGUCGCGAUCUUCUUUUAGUGGUUACAAGAUCUGGAACGCACUCGUUUGUGUAACUAAGACCUCCACUGGAAAUCUGACAAACGUAACAUUUUGCGUACAUGGUCCAGAAGGGUUACCAAUGAUCUCAACCCCUGAUACUUUGACUGUUGGGCAAACUAGCAUGCAGAACUGCACAAUCUACAACGUCUACCCUGCACCUAUCAUUGAAUGGUUCCUUGGACCUGGUGAAGUGAACAUCACAAUGAACGCGACUAUUCACUCCAACCAAGACGACGUAUCAAGUCUCAUCAACGCAACCAGUUGUCUUUUGUUCACGCCAACGACGAACAAUCAUGGAGAGAACCUGACAUGUAGAGUGUCUCCUUCUGUGUCAAAUGUUUGGAACUCCCGAAAUGCAUCUGUAACAUUGAAUAUCGAAGGUGACCUCAGCCCAUCUGGCGAAAUUAGGGUUGAAAACGUGACGUCGUCCAGUCUCACCCUUUCUUGGGACGUUGACAACGUUACUCUUGAAUACUGCAACUGCAGCCAUGCGUCCUCUGAUAUCUUGAAGACAACGGAUCCUUGGAACUGUCGGGUCUGCAAUGAGCCGAUUGACGUUAACGGGACUAGUUAUGACCUAACAGGCUUGGAACCUUUCCAGUGGUAUUAUCUGACUCUGAAUUUGACAGGUGGAGGAGUGGUGGCGUCUAAGCUAACUUCCACUGCCCCACCCAAGCCGGAAUAUUAUGGCGUCAUCAUGACAUUUUCUCAAGAAAAUUCGAAGUUGAAGAUAUCGCGUAUGCUACCAGUCAACAAUACCAUUCCCGAUGAUCUCUGCUUCUCCGUAGUCAAGACACAGGACCAAAGGGACAACUGCUCUUUGAGCAAUUGCCUGGAACUUGGGAACAAACUUCGGUACAUAAAUACGUCCAUAGAAGAUGUUUCAGACUUUAGGCUAGUUAGCAGUGGUCGAGGAUUGUGCAGCAGUCCACCAUCACGUCCAUUUAUUCUGAACUCAACCGAAGGUGUACUCAAUAUGCUUCCAAUGUUCACCCUGCUUGGGACUGUUGCCGGGUCGGCCAUCUUUCUGUUCGUCUCCGUGGCCGCCUUCAUCUUUCUCAUUAACUGCAUCUGGACAGGUGUAGGUUGUCUGCGAAUGAAAGAUGACUCGAAAGAUGAGGAAACAUUGGUGCGCGUUAUCAAAAAAGACAACUCGCGAAAGGUGGAUAAGGACGGACUUGUGUAUGUGCAAGUAGCGCAUGCAAACGCCCAUCCCACUGAUGCUCCGCCCAUAAGGACGGAAGAACCUACGGUAUACGCCUCAUUGGACAGGGACGCCAUGAGCAGCAUGCGCAAGAAGGAUGCCGAUGGAUUGGUCUACGUUGAAGUUUCACAUGACCACGCCCAUCCGGAUGGAGCACCGCCCACUCAGACAGAAACGCCGACAGUGUACGCAAAUCUCGAUAUGGAAGCCAUGGAAAAACUUAAGAAGGAUAAGAAGGAGAAAGAAGAAGAGGAAGGAUUCAAAGCUGAUGAAGAUAAUGCCAAAGUAGAUAAGAAUGAAGGAGCUGAGAAAGACGAUGUGAAUCAAGAUGAUGGCACUAAAGAAAAAAAAGAACUUGAGAAAGAGGAAGAUAUAAAGUCUUCUGAGGUCAGUAUCCAACCGGUUAAAACGCAACCAAACUAUGAAAAUAUCGAUUUAACAGACUUUGGUAAUGGACUUGGCAUUCCCAUGGAGACGAAGCUUUAAUUCAGAAUUCCUUCAAGCUGUCAUCCGCAAGGGGUAAUUUGGCAUUUACAGAACUGCAAGACCACUGCAAAUAAUACCAAUUCCACAAGCAUGACAAA